CACACCCCAUGCUGCUUACUAAUUAUAUACUGACAAAUAAAGAACGAGCCUCCCCUGAAUUAGCAGCAUAUAAUUAGUUCAGAAAGAGCCCCAACUGGCAUCAGGAUAUUCUUGCCACCCCCACCUUCUACUUCACAUUAAUCCUCCAUAUUGUCCAACAAUUUUAACUUUUUGCGCAGGUCCUCUCGGGGUCUUUUUCAACUUCCACUUUCUUUUUUUAAGAAUCACCUGAAUUUGCAGCAUAUUAGUGCAGAAAGAGCGGCAGACAAGAGAAAAAUCUUGCUACUUCACAUUAUUCUUCCAUAUUGUCCAUAAAAUUUCCACUUUCCACUUUCUUCAUCUGAGCUCACGCUUUAGGUGCUAGCCUCAUCCUCUUCCCCUUCAAAAUUCCCUUAUAAUUCAACCCAAAUAUUUAUUUAUUAAAACAGGAACUUCGUUUUUAAGUAUCACCGACUAGUCACUACACCAUUUAAGAAAAGUCAAUACAUUUCUCCAUCUGCAGCCACUCUCUCUCUUUCAGCUGGCCAAUAGGGGUGGGGUUCGCGUGCUAUAUUUGUACUUCACCUAGCCUUGUAACCAAAAAUUCAAAUGCCGUUUUAGGUUGGUAUACACUAAUAAAGUCUUGUGGUUUGCUUUCAAAGUUGGAAAAAGGUGAAGUUUGUGUUUUUGAUAAUUAAUACUGAAGAAAAUUUUGGCAGCUAGAUAUUUCCAUAUUUAGGUGGACAAGUGUAUAGCGGUGCAUGCAACAACUUGCAUCUUUAUGUUGACAAGUGUUAAGCUUUACUGCAGUUGAGCUGAGAAAGAAGGAAAGUUAGGGCUUCGUAGACAUUUCACAGAAAUUAUCUGCUAGCUGUUCAUUAAUGGCGUCCAAGACAACGGUGAGAUCUUCAGUAACAAUCUUCAUCUCUAUUCUACUCUUCAUCGGCGUUAUCGUCUCCAUGCGAUUGCUGCACUCUUCCUUUGAAAUUACCAUUGCAGGAUAUUCUCCAGGAAAGUCAAUAUUAACCCCCAUAGCAUGCCACAAUCCCACUGAUACAACCACAGCUAACUCAAAAGAGCCCCAAAAGAAACUGGAACUCGUAACAUUUCACAAUCACACUGAUGCAACACCAGCAGUCUCAAAGCCGCCCCAAAAGAAACUGGAAGUCCAACUAAAUUGUACACUUGGAAACCUCACAAGGACUUGCCCAGCUUCUUACUACCCGUCAAAAUUCACGGAUCAAAACCAAGCCACUUCAUUAACUCCUCCAUCUACCUGUCCAGAUUACUUCCGCUGGAUCUACGAUGACUUAUGGCCUUGGAGAGAAACAGGAAUCACCGAAGAAAUGGUGAUGCGAGCCAGAAGGACGGCAAAUUUUCGGUUGGUGAUAGUGAAAGGAAGAGCAUAUGUUGAGACAUAUAGGAAGUCAUUUCAAAGCAGAGACCAAUUCACAUUGUGGGGUAUUUUACAAAUGUUACGUAGGUACCCUGGUAAAGUUCCUGAUUUGGACCUGAUGUUCGACUGUGUCGACUGGCCAGUCAUUCAUACUGAAUUCUACCGACGCCCUAAUGCGCCUCCUCCUCCACCUCUGUUCCGAUACUGUGGGAACAAUACCAGUUUGGAUAUUGUUUUUCCAGAUUGGUCAUUCUGGGGAUGGCCAGAGAUUAAUAUAAAGCCUUGGGAAACUUUGUCGAAGGAUUUAAGAAAAGGGAAUGAGAAGGUGAAAUGGACCGACAGGGAACGGUAUGCCUAUUGGAAGGGCAAUCCUGUUGUUGCUGAAACCAGGAUGGCUCUGCUCAAGUGCAAUGUUUCAGAAAAGCAGGACUGGAAUGCACGCGUAUAUGCUCAGGAUUGGAUUCAAGAACAGAAGCAAGGUUACAAGCAAUCAGACUUAGCUAGUCAGUGCAUCCACAGAUACAAGAUUUAUAUAGAAGGAUCUGCAUGGUCCGUGAGUGAAAAAUACAUUCUGGCCUGUGAUUCUGUUACGUUACUUGUAGAACCCCACUACUACGAUUUCUACACCAGAGGUUUGAUGCCGCUGAAACAUUACUGGCCCGUAAAAGACAAUGACAAAUGCCGAUCUAUCAAGCAUGCUGUUGACUGGGGCAAUACUCACCAACAAGAGGCACAGGACAUUGGUAAGGCAGCAAGCAAUUUCAUUCAAGAACAGCUCAAAAUGGAUUAUGUGUAUGACUACAUGUUCCAUCUAUUAAGCGAGUACGCAAAGCUCUUGAAAUACAAGCCUAUUGUACCACGAAAUGCAGUAGAGCUUUGUUCAGAAGCAAUGGCAUGCGCAGCUGAAGGAGUGACAAGGAAGUUCAUGUUAGAAUCUCUCGUUGAAGGCCCCUCGGAUGCAAUACCGUGCACCAUGCCACCUCCCUUUGGUCCUGCAGGUCUUCACUGUAUUCUUGAUAGAAAAGAAAAUUCAAUAAAACAAGUUGAAUCGUGGGAACAACAAUACUGGAAGAAAGAAAGCAAACAACAGUGAAGAGUUUAGGUUUUCUUACUCAUAGCUUACAGGGUAUAUUUUGUUAAUAAGAGUUUUUUGUAUUAAUCAUCUAACACAAUGAAGGAGCACGAACGAUAAAUCCUGGUGUUGGGAGAGUAUAUGUGUAGGAGAAGACAAUUCAGCUACAGCCUUUUCCUUUUUUAGAUAUUAAUAUAAUUUGCAGUUCA